AUUGCAUAAGAAAUAAAUGCAAUGGUGGAGAAAAAUUCAAUUGGUGCGGCCGUAGACAAGCUGAAAAGUCUGCCAUGGCGCGAUCUCUUCUAUAUGUUCUAUAUAGAGCCAGUUGUAGUCAUGCUCAUCUUCUCGCACAUGCUCUCAGGCGUUGUAAUGCGCAAUCAGAUUAUCUAUCAGACAUGCAGAGUGAUUUUCCAUUACAAUGAGUCCGACUGCAGACACCUGGACGACAAGGAGGCCAGCCCCGAGAUCCAUGCCAUUGAAACGGAGAUUCAGUCGUAUGUGGCCGACAUGUUCCUCACGCGCACGCUAAUGGAGAGCAUUGUGCCAGCCGUGUGUGGCCUGUUCAUUGGCUCCUGGUCGGAUCACUAUGGACGCAAGCCUCUGCUCAUCGUCUCAAUGAUUGGCUUCGCUGGCUCGGCUCUCAUAACUACCUUCAUUUGUGCGCUAUCCAGCCAUCACGACAUUAAUCCCUGGUGGUAUACGUUGGCAGCAGUGCCGCACUCCCUGCUGGGCGGCAUGUGUGUCUUUUCAGUGGCUGCCUUUUGUUUUCUCUCGGACAUCACAGACGUUAAGAACAGGCCCUACAGAAUGAUUGCCAUCGAGUUUCUGGUGUUUAUAGCGCUCAGCAGCGGCUCUUUGUUGUCCAGCUAUGUGUAUGAGGCCACGAGCGCCUCUAUUACCCAGGGCAUCUCAGCGGCAAUUAUCGUGUUCGCCACUCUAUUUAUCAUCUUCUAUUUGCCAGAGAGCUUGCACAUACGCCUCGAUAAAGAUGCCAAACAGGAAGCCGAGCAAGCCGGCAAAGGCGAAAAGGACUUACCCAAUAUUGUCUGCGAUACGCAACUGAAUGCAGUCUGCACCAUUGAUGCAAAGAGAGAGCUGGAUAAAGAUGCAAAUCCCACAGCCAAAAAAUCCGAUUCAAAGCCUGAAGCGCAGCCAGAUGGCAAAAAUAUUGUUUUAUUUGGACUGACAGCAAACGAGAACAAGAAGGAGAGCUCAGCGAGCGAGCUCUGCACCACCGAAAUACAUUUGGACGAUAAGAAGGAGCCGAAAGCCACGGACUCUGAAAAGGCCGAGAUGAUAUCUGAGCCCGAGCCCCAAAACGUGGGUCUGUUCAGCCUGACGCACAUUAAGGAGAUGUUCAAGACGUGCUGCAAGCCACGUGAGCAUCACGCACGCGAAAUCAUUUGGCUGGUUACCUUGACCAUGUUCAUGUCCAUGUUCGUUGUUGAUGGUGCCAUGACCGUCAUGUACUUGUUUGUGCGCCAAAAGUUUCACUGGUCUGUGCGCGAGUUCACAUUCUUUGAGACCAUCAGCCAAGUUGUGCCCAUGCUGGGCGCCCUGAUUGGAUUCCUGAUGCUGCGCAAGGUCUUUGGCCUGUCUGUGGUGACGCUGGCGCUGCUCUCGCUCGGCUCGGAAAUACUGAGCAAUCUGACCAGGGGCUUUGCCAUGCUGCCCUGGCACAUGUACCUAUCGAUUGCCCUUGGCAUAUUCCGUUCCAUUGGCGGGCCCAUGUGCCGCACCAUCGUCUCGAAUAUAGUACCCGCCUCCGAUUUGGGUAAAAUUUUCUCCAUCAAAAAUGUUUUCCAAUCCUUUGCACCUUUUGUCGCUGCACCGCUGUACACCCUCAUCUAUCAGCACUCGCUGUCUAUUUGCCCCGGCCUCUUCAACUUUGUCAGCGCUGCGCUCUUCCUGGUGGCGUUUAUUGCAAUCGGCUUCGUCUGGCGUUACAAGUUCAUUCACAAAGAACAUUAUGCCAAGCUGCUGAAAUAAGACAAAGAUCUAUCGAUGCAUACACCCUAACAAUAAACCAAAAAUAAA